GUUUGGUAGACACACCCGGCCCUUGCGUCUCUACCAAUCAUGGAGACACGGCAAGGAGGUGUACUUCCUGUGCUCUGAGAAAGAAUAGGGGAACAGAGGAGAGAGGAGAGGAUUCUGAAUUUGUUUUUGUUUUGUUUUGUUGCCGGAGGUGAGGUCCACACACACUGGGGACAGCAGUAGUGGACACACCAAAUAUUUUUGCCUGUGAGAGAAUCUCCUUGUGGAACGCCACAGCAACUGUGAAGACAAGACAAAGACAAAGAGGAGGGAAGAGAUAAGUGUCAAUCUGUUGAGACUUGUUUGGGAAUUUGAGGAAGGAGGAGAGGUGGGGGGGGUAGAAAGCAAGAGGCAGCAAGAGAAGAAAAAGCAAGGAGGAUUCAGGCGUAAACAUGAACAUUUCAGAAGAGUAAAAACAACCAAGGAGAAAGGAAAAAGGCAGAAAAGCUACUUAGAUUUAUUUUGAAGAACAAGUAGCCAUUGCUCUGUCACCCAGAUAAUGUCAGCACAAGGGAAAAAAAAUAUGUUGUGCAAUCCAGUGCUUUUGAGCUGAAUUGGAGCAGAGGGGAAAGACCACAUCUCCCCAAGGCACACCUUCAGCCUUACAGCGAUGGACAAGCUUCUUUCUGGUGGAAAAGUCUUUCGGGACCAAAGUCCUUUUUCUGGAAUGAGGGGCAUCUUCCAUCGAGGAGACAGCAAUCCAAGUAAAACUAGGAGCAAGGAAGCCGAAACUCAGAAAACAAGAGACAAAAUGAGGGAUGGAGAAAAGGUCAGCCAAGAGCGACCAUCAGACAGAGACGGAACUCCUUGUGUUAGAGAGCGGCAAGAUGGGGAAUUGGGGCAAGCCUACAUCAGAGACAGACAUGGCAGGCCCCUGUCAACUGAAGAGAUUACUCAGAGUGAACGAGUUGUGAAGAAAAGGAAUAACAAAGGCGGUACAUAUCCCAGAGAGAGAAAGGUAGACAGAAAUACUGGCAGGAGAAUGAUUGGAGAAGAUGCAGAAAUGAGGCAGAGAGAUCGACCCAAAAGAGAGCAGGUGGAUGACUGGAAGACAGAUAGAAAGAAAGAUAGAAGGCGUCAUGAAAGAGAGAGAGAUGAGAUCCAAAGCAGAGCAAUAGAAGAAGGAAGGAGACCAGAAGAAGAUAUCAGAACACAGAGGAGAGAAAGAUAUAAGGUGUCUGGAGUUGAGUUUCAAGAGAGGACAGUAGAAAGGGACAUGGAUAGGAGAGAUAGGGAUGCAUGUAGAAAAAGAGAAAAGCUCAGACCUGUCAUGGAUAUGAGAGAGGCUGAAAGAUAUUCUCCGGAGAGGAGGCCAGAAAGAGAAAUAAACAGAGAAAGAAGAGAGCGAACACCAAGGAGAGAUGCCAGGAGUGAAGGAGAUACUGAUGAUAGACAGUUGGAAAUCAAGGAAAGAAUGAGGGACAGAAAGAGAGGGGAGUUCAGCAGGAGUGAGGAGUUCUGUAAAACCAGAGUGCCACAGGACAGGGAUAAGGAUGGAUACCAGGAUAAAUACAAAGAAGAAAGAUACAGAAGGAGAGAAAAGGAUAGUUGGGAAGUGCACGGGGAUGGAGGGAGGCCAGAGAGACCAGAGAAACCAAUGAACAGAGAGAAGGAAAUAUGGCGAGAGAUUGGAGCUGAUGGCAGGAGGGAAUACUAUCAAAAUAGAACUGAGAGGAGAGAGAAAGAGAGAAAAAACAGGCAUGAGGAUGAAAAGGCAGACAGAAGCAACAGAUCCUUGAGCGAUUCUUCUCCAAGGGUACCACCACAAGACCUAAAUAGUAGAGGAUGGAGCAUUGAGGGGGAUAGCAAGGUGAGGUACAGAAGGGACUUUGAGAGGGAGCAAAGAAAAGGGUGGAGUGUUGCUGAAGAGUCUAAAAUGGAUCCUCGGCAGGCAGAUGAGAAAAAUCAAAGGCGACUUGUAAAAAGUGAGAGGUUAGACAGGGAUGAAACCACUACUUCUGGUUCAGAGAAGAGACAAAUGUGGUUAGAGCCACAGAAGGACAAGACCCGACCAAGGCAGGAAGAGGAUAGAAGAGUAGAACAACGGGAUAUUAAGUCACACACAGAAGGGGAGAGGGAGAGAGAUGUGAGGCUAUUACAAGCAGAUCCAGAUGAGAGAUACAAGAGUAGAGAAAGGCAUUUGGAGAGGAGAGAGUACAAUGAAGACUCUGAGGGAGUGAGUAUAGAUGAAGAAGAAGACAAUGAAAUCUCGAGUGAAACCUUUGGUCAGGGGAAGGAACAACUGCCAAAUAGUGCUGGAGGGAAAACGCAAAGCUGGACUGAGGUUUGCAAGGGAGAAAAUUUGUUAAAUAACAUUGAGAGUGGGACAGAGGAGGAGUGUGGGAGUGACUCUUGGAGCGGAGGGGGAAGUGACGGCAGCUGGAAUCCAGACAGAGACAGAAUGCUUUCUUCGGAGGAUAGCAAUGUGACUCUAUCUAGUGGUGGAGAGGAUAGGGAUGAGAGGGAGCAGAAGUUAAGGAACCAUCGGAAAUUCAGUAAACCUGAAAAUUCAAACAAAAGAGAACUGGAAUCAACAGCAGAGAAUGAGGAAGUGAUUAAUGUGGAGCAGCAAGAGAGGGAAAAAAAGUUAAUCCUCUGUAAGAUUGGGCAAACUUCUUCCCAGUCAGAAACCAGUGAGUUGUCACUGUCACAAGAUGAGGACGAGGGAGGUGCCGGAAUAGUUCACCCAAAUAUAAGAAAUCAUAAUUGGAAUAGUGGUGAGGACAGACGUAGUACACAGCAUGACCUGCCGUCAUCAUCAAUGAGAAGGGAGAAGAAACUACUUACUGAAAGUCAGGGUGCAGGAAAUGGCUACAGCACACCAAGGGGAGGGAGCCUCUCUACAGAAGAACAAACAGAGGGAGAAUUUUGUUGCGGAGCACCCGUGGAUCUUCAAGACAUAGAAGUUGAAGAGAUAAUGAAAAAAGAGCUACCUACCAAUGAUAUGGGGACAAAGAAAAGAGACUCUCAGACUGAAAGACUCCUUGAACGAUGGAGAGAGAAGAAUAAAACUAACUCUGGUGCUUAUAUCCCUCCAAAUGGCAGUUUAGAGGAGAUGCAACAUUUCCUUAAUGAUAAAAACACUCAGGCAAUAAGCCCAGAGGUGUUGGAGGCAAUGAGUCCAGAGGAGUUGGAGGCUUUUCGGAUCCGAAUGAGUGGAACAUGGAGCGAAUCCGAGAUGCCUAAGCGGCGUUCCCAAGCCCCCCACCUUAAAUGGGCCACAAGUGUAGUUCGUGAGAUCCUUGGACACUCUGGAGAGCAAACAGAGGAUGAACCAAGCUCAGAAGUGGAAGAAAGCCAGACUGUUAGGCAUGCUGAUAACAGCACACAUGAAGAGGAGCCUAAGCGCAAGAGUGUAAAUUUGCCUGUUCUGACUCUGACAACAGAAGAUCAGCAAUCAGAGACAGAGCAGGAGGAAGAUGAGGAUUACGACUUCAUGGAUUUUAGAGAUGAUGAUUUCCGGAGUAAAAGCUGGGGAGAGGUGGACCUAAAGAAUGUUUUAAACUCCAUUGGAAGACAUACUAGGAAAUCAAGUUUUUAUAAUCGUCCUCAGCUCUACCAGCAGUACAACGAGGAGACACAGAACUUUGAGAUCCUGCGUCAGUCUCGCUCUGAUACCCUCUCAGGGAAUGAUUCAAACAGUCGCUCUCCAUUGGCUUCACCUACACCAUCCCGUAGACCCCUUCCUCCUUUACCACCUGUCCCACACCCUCACUCCCUGUCCCACACCACACCCCACAACUGUCCCCAAACCCUGCCUCUUCCAGAGCACUCUAAGAACGAACGCAGGGCCUCCUCUCCAAGUUUAUCGGUCUCGCUCACACAGUCCUUACUCUGGAGGGAACUGCCUGGUGUGAGGAACAGCCCCGAGCUGGAGAGGCUCACAGAGGAUCAGAGGCGACUGCAAGAGGUGAGAUUUGAAGUGGUGACCUCAGAGGCCUCCUACUGCAGAAGUUUGGACAUAGUUGUUGAACAGUUUGUCAAGAACAAAGAGCUUGAGAAGCUGCUGACCAAUCAGGAUAAGAACUGGCUUUUCUCCCGUCUGACUGAAGUUCGGGCCAUCAGCCACAGGUUUUUAUCAAAGCUGGAGGAGCGCAUGGAAUCAGAUGUUUUGCACUUUACGGUUUGCGACAUAAUUGCUCGCCAUUGUCAGCGCUUUAGAAAGGUUUAUGUGCCCUACCUCACCAACCAGUCGUAUCAGGACGCCACCUACCAAAGACUCAUGAAUGACAAUCCUAACUUCAAGCGGGUUGUGGACAACUUAGAGAAGAGCACUGUUUGUCAGAGGCUUCCUCUCCGAUCCUUCCUGGUACUUCCCUUCCAAAGGAUUACCAGAAUUAAGCUGCUGGUCCAGAAUAUUCUAAAAAGAACAACUCCUGGAACUGUUGAGGCAGAAAACACUAUUAAAGCUUUAAAGAAGCUGGAGAAGAUUAUUCAAGAAAGCAACGACAGCAUCACAGAAAUGAAAACCAUUGAGUCUCUGGUGUCUCUCAGUGGUAGAGUGGAAUUUGUGGAUUGCAAGACUCUUCCUCUCAUCAGUCAGAAAAGGCGACUGGUGCGAGAAGGUCCAGUAACUGAACUAAUGGAUUUCUCUCUAAAGCAAUCCGACAGAACCAUUUACUUACAUCUCUUCAAUGACUACUUGUUAGUCUCUCUACAAAAAGAAGGAGGGAGAUUUACCGUCAUUGACCAUUGUCCUGUAAAUGAAUUGCGUACAGAAGACUUUCGUGUCAAAAUCCAGACUCUACAGAAGAACAGCUUCCGCUUACACAUGUCACAGAGAUCUCUGCUGCUACGGACAGAGACACAGAGUGAUAAGCUGCGCUGGAUAUCUGCCGUCUCCAGGACCAAUCCCCAACUGGAUUUCUCUACAGCGGAAAAGUCAGCACAGAUGCAGUGUAUCAGAGCUUAUGUUGCCCAGCAGCCUGAUGAGCUGUCUGUAGAAAAAGCUGAUGUUAUUCUGGUUCACCAGGACAGCUCUGACAAUUGGGUGGAGGGGAUCAAACUGUCGGACCUCCAUUGUGGAUGGGUGCCCAAGUCCCACUUGAAAGUGAUAAGCAAUGACAAAGUGAAGAAGCGCAACCUGUCAGAUGCUCUCACACUGACAAAGGCUACAGCUGCUGUCUGAGUGUUAUGAUCAGAGAGGCAGUGAACUUGGUGAUGUCCUUAAAAUACAUUUUUCAGCUAUGGUGCAUCUUACUACUGAAAACGGACAAUACAUAUUCAGCACAAUGCAUUGGCUGAAAAAGUUAAAAUAGUUAAUCAAAGUGCAGAAUUAGACUUAGCUUGUUUCACUAUGUGGAAUAAUGAUAAUAAAAGCAGGCCUGAUAGCAAUUCCUGGUUUAUACACACAAUUACUUUACUUUAAACUGCUAUGCAAAGUGCCCAGCUGGCAUUGAGGUUUCCAGUGCACACAGAUAUCAUGUUUUAAUAUUGUUCUUUUCCAUAAGAAUUAUUUUGGUAUUGUGUAUAAUGACCCAAAGAAUAAAAUAGUGUUUAUUUCUUUUGUUUUCCAUGUAUGCAUGAGAGCUGACAGGUCUGCAUUUCUAAUAACAAACUAUGUACAGAGCUUGAACAAAACAUUACAAUAAAUUCAGGAAAUAAAGAAACAUUUGAUCCCUAAAAAAUGCA